AUGACAUCGAUAUCGUUCGUUGGAAACAACCAUGGGAUCCAGGUUGGAGAUAACCGUGGCUCAAUCGUGGCAGAGUUCCAUCUACAUCCAGAGCGACCGGAAACUCCGCCCAGCCCUUUAUCAACUGUGCCAUUCACGCGCGAUCCAGACUUUGUUAGUCGCAGCACGCUGCUUCAUUGGAUUCAGGAGAAAAGUCUAGUGCCAGGGUCAAGAAUAGCGCUCGUCGGGCUUGGCGGUGUCGGAAAAUCGCAACUUGCUAUCGAAUACUCCUACCGAAUCCGAUCCGAAUCGCCGGCGACAUGGGUUUUCUGGGUCUAUGCGAGUAACGAAGCCCGGUUCGAGCAAAGUUUCCGAGACAUCGCGGACCAGGUUAAAAUCCCAGGUCGUCAGGAUCCAACGGCCAACAUAUUUAAACUAGUCGAGAACUGGUUUAGGGAUGAGAGAAAAGGGAACUGGAUUUGUAUCCUUGAUAAUGUCGAUGAUGCUCAGUUCCUUUGCUCGUUUCCGGCGGCAACGAAGCAAGAUCCAACGAAAGGCCUAACAAAAGCCUCGACCAAACCGCUAUUGGAGUAUAUUCCUAGAAGCCGGAAUGGAUUUAUCAUUAUAACGAGUCGCUCCAGAGAGGUUGCGUCGAAAAUGGUCGAUCACAAGGACCUUCUUGAAGUUAAGCCGAUGGAAAGGUCGGAGGCGCUAGAGCUUCUGCAAAGAAAGCUUGAACAAGUAGGGGAGAGCCAAGAGAGUCGACAGUUGGUGGAAGAGCUCGAGUUCAUGCCUCUAGCGAUCGUACAGGCCGCCAGCUAUAUUCGAAAUCGGGCGCCUCGCUAUUCAGUAUCACGGUAUCUAAGAGAUUUCCAAGAGAGUGACCGUGAAGCGACAAAGCUUCUGAGAAAAGAGGCAGGUUACCUUUACCGGGACUGGGAAGCAAAGAACUCAAUUCUAGUAACGUGGCAAAUGUCAUUCGACUAUAUUCGCCGCACCAAGCCAUCUGCAUCGGACUUGCUUUCUCUCAUGAGCUUUUUCGAUCGACAAGGGAUACUGGACAGCCUUAUCCGGCUUCAACCUAACUACAACUGCACCUUCGGCUCAGAGCUCUUGGACGGCUCCAGUGACGGGAAGACAUCUAAACCUGAUGCGAGCCCCAAUUUUGAAGAUGAUGUCACAACGUUAAGGAAUUACUCAUUCAUAUCUGUUAGCGAGACUGGCACUUUCUUCACGAUGCAUCGACUAGUGCAACUGUCUACGCGCGCGUGGUUGAAAUCUCGUGGACAAAUAGAUCAAUGGAGGGAUUACUUUAUUAGCAAUCUAUGCGAAGCGUUAUCCACCGGCGAAUACGAAAACUGGGAGACGUGCAGGCCGCUCUUCCCUCAUAUUAAAGCUGCAAUGUCACAGCGGCCAGCAUCGCGUCAAUCUAGACGACAAUGGGCUACGCUACUUUUCAGAGGCGCAUGGUAUGCGUCGAAAAGCGGUAACAUCACAGAUGUAAGAGAAAUGGCAUCAAGAUCAAGAAAUGAAAGGGCGGCUUUAUUAGGUGAAGAGCAUGAAGAAGUUUUGGAUAGCACCGACAUGUUGGCAAAAGCGUACUGGCUUGAGGGCCAGUCGGAAGAGGCCGAGAAACUCUUGGUGCACGUGAUAGAGACUCGCAAGACGAAACUCGGCAAGGAUCAUCCCGACACGCUGGCGAGCAUAGCAAACCUAGCGGCGACGUAUAUGAGCCAGGGCCGAUGGGCGGAGGCCGAGCAGCUCAACAUACAGGUGAUGGAGACUCGCAAGACGAAGCUCGGCAAGAAUCACUCCGACACACUAACUAGUAUGGCCAACCUCGCGGCGACGUAUUCGAACCAGGGCCGCUGGGAGGAGGCCGAGCAGCUCGAGGUGCAGGUGAUAGAGACUCGCAAGACGAAGCUCGGCAAGGAUCAUCCCGACACGCUGAUGAGCAUGAACAACCUAGCGACGACGUAUAUGAAGCAGGGCCGCUGGGAGGAAGCCGAGCAGCUCAACAUACAGGUGAUAGGGACUCGCAAGACGAAGCUCGGCAAGGAUCAUCCCGACACGCUGAUGAGCAUGAGCAACCUAGCGACGACGUAUAUGAACCAGGGCCGAUGGGCGGAGGCCGAGCAGGUCUUGCUACAGGUGAUAGAGAUGAGCAAGACGAAGCUCGGCGAGGAUCAUCCCUACACGCUAACUAGUAUGGCCAACCUCGCGACGACGUAUUGGAACCAGGGCCGGUUGGAGGAGGCUGAGAAGCUUGAGGCGCAGGUGAUGGAGAUGAGCAAGAUUAAGCUCGGCAAGGAUCAUCCCGACACGCUGAUAAGCAUGAACAACCUAGCGACGACAUAUAUGAACCAGGGCCGCUGGGAAGAGGCCGAGAAGCUCGAGGUGCAGGUGAUAGAGACUUGCAAGACGAAGCUCGGCGAAGACCAUCCCGACACGCUGAUGAGUAUGGCCAACCUAGCGUCGACGUACCGAAACCAACGCCGGUGGGAAGAGGCUGAGCAACUCAACAUACAGGUGAUAGAGACUUGCAAGACGAAGCUUGGCGAAGAUCAUCCCGAUACGCUAAUGGUUAUGGCCAACCUGGCAUCGACGUAUAGUUACCAGGGCCGGUGGGAAGAGAGUGAGCAACUCAACAUGCAGGUGAUGAAGACGCGCAGGACGAAGCUCGGCGAGGACCAUCCCGAGACGCUGAGGAGUAUGUCUAAUCUCUCUUUCACCUGGAAAUCGUCAGGUCGCGAUGCCGAAGCCAUCAACAUACUACGAAAAUGCUUGGUCAAGCAGAAAAAAUUACUAGGCCUAAACCAUCCGGACACCUUGUCUAACUCUAAAACAUUGCUGGAAUGGGAAACGGAGUUGAAUAUGAAUUCCUAG